AUGGGACAACUGAAGAGUAAAAUUUUACACCAAACUGGAGCACAAGAUACUGAUAAUCUGAAAGAGGAUCCUGACGAUCAGUGGUCUAAUUUAUAUCGUGAACGUAAAAAGAAUCACCUUUAUAAAUGGGUUGGCAUACGUUGCGGUGGCGAACUGCUAGCUGCUUUUGAAAAGGAGGGUGAAGAUGGAGUUCUAAAGUUUGCCAACGAGAAGCUUAUUUCAAUGAUGUAUGAAGAUGGUGCAUCACCGCAAAUGAUUCGUUUUACAGACUAUGCAAAGUGGAAAAAGACAACCGUGCGUUUUUUUUUUUUAAAUCAUAUUUCCGGUUAUUUGUCAAAGAAUAGUUUUCAUCAUAUAGAAUAUGGAUCAGAAUUGCAGAAAUCAGUUAAUUUAAUAUGUUCGGUGCUUUGGACGGUGAAUGUGCAGCUGGGUAAAACAGAAACAAACUCCGUCGGCCAAUUUGGGAGUAAAUUCCGUGAACAUCUUGGUCAAUGGAGAUUGAAUAAGCGUGGUGUGGAGGGUGAGACAAUAAUACAUCUGUUACUGAAUCGGGAAGAGCCAAUGUGUAGUGAAAUUGCUAGAAUUUUGAUAACACGUUAUCCAGGCCUUGCUAAUGACAUUUACCUCGGCGACGAAAUGUUCGGUCAAAGUGCAUUACAUCUAGCAAUUGUUCAUGAUGAUUAUGAAACCGUCCAUUUAUUAUUGCAAAACUCAGCAGAAGUAAAUGCCCGAGCUUGCGGAACAUUUUUUCUGCCUGAAAAUCAAAAAACAUCCCGCAAAUCAACUGAUUACCAAGGAUAUGCUUAUUAUGGUGAAUAUCCGUUAGCAUUUGCUGCUUGUUUCGGCAACAAAGAUAUCUAUGAUUUAUUGAUACAGUAUGGCGCAGAUCCAAAUCUCCAAGAUAUGUUCGGCAAUACCAUUCUACAUAUUUACGCAGUGAGGCAUUGGGCAAAACCGGCGGAUCCAAACAUUGUGAAUGCAGCUGGCUUGACACCAUUAACGCUUGCGACAAAGCUUGGACGAAAGGAUAUCUUUGAAGAGAUGCUGGAGUUGAUGAAAGUCGAAUUUUGGCGGUUUAGUGAUAUGACGUGUAGUGCAUAUCCUCUUACAGCCUUAGACACUAUUCGUCCUGAUGGCUCAACAAAUUAUGAUUCAGCGUUGAUGACCGUGAUAAAUGGUAGUACUAGUGAACAUUUAGAUAUGAUUGGGAGCGAAGUGAUCCAGCGUCUUCUUGCUGAUAAGUGGAAAGCUUUUGCAUCAAGAAAAUUAUUUGAAAGACUUGGAUUGCUCAUUUUGCAUCUCAUAUUUUUAUGUUUUGUUGUUUAUAUGCGACCGCCUGAACCGGAGCGACUUACUUAUAAAUUAAUUGCAACAGAAUGGAAUGACUGGGUGCGAUUAUUCUUUGAAAUUUCAACAAUAGCGAGUUGUGUGUUCUUUGUUUUCUUUCAACAGUUUAGCGAACUAAGAACGCAAGGAUUUUAUGGAUAUAUCAGAAAUUUGAAAACAGCCCCAGCUAAAAUUGUAUUUCUUGGUGCCAAUAUAUGUAUUCUUAUGUGUGUACCUUUUCGUAUAUCGGGCAAUGUUCAAGUUGAAGAAGCUUUAUUAGUCUUUUCAUUACCGGGUUCUUGGAUAUUUUUUCUUUUCUUUGCCAGAAGUGCCAAAUUAACGGGACCAUUUGUGCAAAUGAUUUAUAGUAUGAUUGCUGGUGAUAUGAUUCGCUUUGCUAUCAUUUCCGCUAUAUUUCUUGUCUCAUUUUCACAAGUAUUUUAUUUUCUGGGAAAAGAUAUGCACGCGAAGCAAGAGCUCAGUCCAUUAAAUCCAGAUCACUGUGAAGUAAAAGGCUACGAUAUAUUCACAUAUUCUUCUUUUCUGGAAACAUUUAUUACACUGUUUCGUGCCAGUAUGGGUGGCUAUGAUUAUGAGGAAUUUUCGUGCGCUAACUAUGAAGUGUUAACAAAGAUAUUAUUUGUACUUUAUAUGUUUAUAAUGCCCAUAAUGUUGAUUAAUAUACUUAUCGCCAUGAUGGGUAAUACUUAUACAACAGUUAUCGCACAAGCUGAAAAAGCUUGGAGGCAACAGUAUGCACAAAUUGUAAUGGUACUGGAACGAUCAGUGAAAAAGGAGAAACUAGCAGCGUGUCAAUUAGAAUACAGUAUUAGACUUAAUGAAGCCAAUGAUGCUGGUAUGGAAAUACGUGGCCUAAUGGUCAUCAAACAGACAAAGAAAACUCGAGCCAGGCAGAGGAAACAAGCUAUUACUAACUGGAAGACAAUUGGUCGAAAAGUAAUUCAUACCGUGGAAAGGUUAGGUGUUGAUUACGCACAGGAAUUGCUUCAUUCAUACAAUUGUUUAAUUGAUGAGCCAGCUAGUGCUGUAAUAUUUAGGCGAGAUGCCGCGUUACCACCACCAACAAGGUCUAUGGUAAGUCCUGUAAACAUUUUAGUAUUAAUAUUUUGA